AUGGAGCACUGGCCAAGCUCCUCUUCCUGUUUUGGGUUAACAGAAGUAGAGCUACGGCGUAUCAAACCCUGUGCUUCAGUCGGCGGGGACAUUCCAAUAAUGCACCCAUAUAGUAACAGAUCCCCAGAAAAGACCGAGGCGAAGGAGGAGAAGGCGGAGUCGGAGGAGCCUAAGGUAGAGGCUAAGGAGGGAGAUGAGGUCAAGGAUAAUUGGGAAAAUGACGAUGAGGAGGAUGAUGUCAAGGACGACUGGGACGAGAUCAGCGACGACGACGAUGAGGAUGAAGACACCUCGGAAGCCACAAAGGCUUCGCAAGAUACAGACACCAAGAAGAGUAGUGAGAAAGGAGAUGAAGACGAUGAUGAUGAUGAGGAAUCGGAGAGCGAAGAGUCUGAAGAGGAGCACCAGACGGAGGCGGAGAGGCGAAAAGCAAGAGCUGUGGCCAGAAUAGCCAAGCGAAAGGUUGAGAGCGAGAAAAAAUUGGACCCAGCCCACCUCAGAGCUCCUGUGGUGUGUGUCCUUGGCCACGUCGAUCACGGAAAGACCAAGAUUCUAGACAAGUUCAGAAGGACAAAUGUACAGGAGGGUGAAGUGGGUGGCAUCACACAGCAGAUCGGAGCCACCAAUGUACCCAUAGAAGCUAUUCAGAGGCAGACGCAUAUGAUCAAGGAUUUCAAUUUGGACACCAUCAAGUUCCCCGGCUUGUUGAUCAUUGACACCCCAGGUCACGAGUCCUUCAGCAACCUCCGUUCGCGUGGCUCCUCCCUCUGCGACAUUGCUGUCCUGGUGGUGGACAUCACGCAGGGCCUCGAGCCACAGACGAUAGAGUCCAUCAACUUGCUCAAGAAGAAAAAGACACCCUUCGUUGUAGCACUUAAUAAGGUGGACAGAGUGUUCGAGUGGGACUCCCAUCCGUCAAAAGACAUCCGCGAAAUCAUAAAGUCCCAGAGCACGGCCUCCAAAAACGAUUUUGACCGCAGAACCCAGGAGAUUAUUCAAGCACUCAAUAUUCAGGGCUUAAAUGCAGCUCUCUUCUGGGAGAACCCUGACCCCCGCUCAUACGUGUCCCUAGUCCCGACCAGUGCCAUCUCGGGCGAUGGAAUGGGCAACCUCAUCGCCAUGGUCUGCAACCUGUGCCAGAAACGACUCAGUAAGAGACUGAUGUUCACGGAAGAAUUGCAGUGUACCGUCCUGGAAGUCAAGACGAUUCAGGGUCACGGAACGACCAUAGAUGUCAUCCUAAUUAAUGGUAGACUGAGAGAAGGAGACACAAUUAUCUUAGCAGGCACUGAGGGUCCUAUUGUCACUCAGAUACGAUCUCUCCUUCUUCCCAAACCCCUCAAGGAGAUCCGCGUCAAAGGGCAGUACGAUGAAUUCAAGGAGGUAAAAGCUGCUCAGGGAGUCAAAAUUGCUGCCAGGGAGCUCGAGAAAGCCAUCGCUGGCCUCAACCUUCAGGUGUCGUAUCACGAGGACGAGGUCGAGCUGUUGAAAGAAGAGGUCGACAAGGAGUUCAAGGCAGCUAUGAGGUCAAUUAAGGUGAAGGAGCGUGGAGUGUAUGUCCAGGCUUCAACCCUGGGUGCCUUGGAGGCUCUGCUAGAGUUCUUCAAGACCAACAAUGUGCCUUAUUCGGGGAUCCGUGUGGGUCCUGUGGUGAAGAGGGAUGUGAUGCGUGCGGCUGCCAUGCUGGAGCAUGACCCCAUGUAUGCUGUCAUCCUGGCCUUCGAUGUUAAGGUGGAGAAGGAUGCGCAGGAGCUGGCUGAUAAGGAAGGAGUAAAGAUCUUCUUUGAGGAGACUAUAUACCACUUGGGUGAUCGUUACGUCGAAUACCUUAAGGACUACAAGAAGAAGAAGCAGGACGAGUUUAAGCAUGUAGCUGUCUUCCCUUCACGACUAAAGAUUAUUCCUACGGCUAUAUUUAACAAGCGCGACCCCAUUGUGCUUGGUGUAACGGUUGACGCUGGAGUAUUAAGAACGGGGACGCCCUUGUGUGUGCCUAGUAAAGAGUUUGUGGAGAUAGGAGUGGUGACUUCAAUGGAGUACGACCACAAGAACGUAGACCUGGCCAAGAAGGGAGUAGACGUGUGCAUCAAGAUCGAGCCUCUUCCCGGCCACACCCCCAAACUAUUUGGCCGCCACUUCGAUCACGAGGACAUGCUUGUGAGCAAGAUCUCGCGCGAGUCAAUUAAUGCGUGCAAGGACUACUUUAGGGAUGAUCUUAGUAAAACAGACUGGAAACUCAUGGCAGAACUGAAAAAAGAGUUCCAGAUUUUAUAA